AUGACAAAUCCAAAGCAAGAGGCUGAAAUAGAGGAGAAACACAUGUACAAUGAGCCGGUCACAACGCUCCUUCAUGACGUAGAGGCUUCUCAAACACACCGCAGACGUGGUUCACUAUCAUUGAAAGAUGAAAAAAGUAAAGAGUUGUAUCCGUUGCGCUCUUUCCCUACCGGAGUCAAUGGCCAGGAUACCUUCUCUAUGGAGGAAAACCUACAGGACGAAGACGAAGGUGAGGUGCAGAACGCUGAAGUGAAGAGAGAGCUUAAACAAAGACAUAUCGGUAUGAUUGCCCUUGGUGGUACGAUCGGUACUGGUCUUUUUAUCGGUUUAUCCACGCCUCUGGCCAACGCUGGCCCAGUGGGUGCUCUGAUAGCAUAUUUAUUUAUGGGUUCGUUGGCAUUUUCUGUCACACAAUCGCUGGGUGAAAUGGCUACAUUUAUUCCAGUGACAUCAUCCUUUACAGUUUUUUCGCAAAGAUUUCUUUCUCCCGCAUUUGGUGCAGCCAACGGUUAUAUGUAUUGGUUUUCUUGGGCCAUCACUUUCGCCCUAGAACUUAGUGUGGUUGGGCAAGUCAUCCAAUUCUGGACCCACAAGGUCCCAUUGGCAGCAUGGAUUAGUAUUUUUUGGGUACUCAUUACAAUAAUGAACUUGUUUCCUGUUAAAUAUUACGGUGAAUUCGAAUUCUGGGUUGCUUCCAUAAAGGUCAUCGCCAUUAUUGGGUUUUUAAUUUACUGUUUCUGCAUGGUCUGCGGUGCAGGUGUUACCGGCCCAGUUGGGUUCCGUUAUUGGAGAAACCCAGGUGCGUGGGGUCCAGGUAUCAUAUCCAAAAAUAAAAACGAGGGGAGGUUUUUAGGUUGGGUGUCUUCUUUGAUUAAUGCCGCUUUCACAUUCCAAGGUACUGAACUGGUUGGUAUCACCGCUGGUGAGGCUGCUAACCCGAGGAAAACUGUUCCAAGAGCCAUUAAGAAGGUUGUGUUCCGUAUCUUAACCUUCUACAUUGGCUCCUUAUUAUUCAUUGGUCUUCUAGUCCCCUACAAUGAUCCUAAAUUAACGGAAGCUACUUCUUAUGUCUCCACAUCUCCCUUCAUUGUUGCCAUCCAGAACUCAGGCACAAAAGUUCUGCCUCAUAUCUUUAACGCCGUUAUUCUAACGACUAUCAUCUCUGCAGCAAACUCAAACAUUUACGUGGGCUCUCGUAUUUUAUUUGGUUUGUCGAAAAAUAAACUGGCUCCAAAGUUCCUUUCAAGAACUAGUAAGGGUGGUGUCCCGUACAUCGCAGUUUUUGCCACUGCCGUCUUUGGCGCUCUAGCUUACAUGGAAACUUCCACUGGUGGUGACAAAGUAUUUGAAUGGCUGUUAAACAUCACUGGUGUCGCCGGAUUCUUUGCUUGGUUAUUUAUCUCGAUCUCACAUAUCAGAUUUAUGCAAGCGCUGAAAUAUCGCGGCAUCUCCCGUGAUGAAUUACCGUUCAAAGCCAAGCUAAUGCCCGGACUGGCGUACUACUCCUCUUUUUUCAUGAUCAUUAUUAUCAUCAUCCAGGGUUUCACCGCUUUCGCACCAAAGUUCAAUGGAAGCAGCUUUCUUGCCGCCUAUAUCUCUAUUUUCCUUUUCAUAGCAGUUUGGAUAUUAUUUGAAUGCAUUUUCAGAUGCAGAUUCAUUUGGAAGAUUGAAGAUGUGGAUAUCGAUUCCGAUAGAAGAGACAUUGAAGCCAUUGUCUGGGAAGAUCAUGAGCCGAAGACUUUCUGGGAUAAAUUUUGGAAUGUCGUAGCGUAA